UUGUGUUUCAUUCCUAGGCUGAGUGACCUCUGGGCUUCCAGAAGACCUAGUGUGGGCAUCCUUGAAGUGGAAGAGCUCAGCUUGAGAGUCAUAUGCUGUUACCAUUAUGGACAGAGAGAUACCCACUGCUGCUUCUAGCCUACCAGGGAUGGCUCUGAGCUCUCGAGCGCACGCCUUCUCCGUGGAGGCCUUGAUGGGGAGACCCAGCAAAAGAAAAGCUCAAGACCCAAGAGAGGAGAUGCAGCCUGAACUGCAGGAGGAGCGGUUCAUAGAGGAAGGGGAGGAGAUACUGAGGAGCCCUUCUGGGGACAGUCAGCAGCCCGAAAAGAGACCCAAGACAGAAUCUUCAAAAACUCUUUUCUCCUGCUCUGACAACGAGAACAACAGCCAAGAAAGUCUGCAAGAAGAAAGUAUUAUCCAAGUGGAGCUUCAGGGAUCUGACCUGUGGAAGAGAUUCCACGACAUUGGCACUGAGAUGAUCAUUACCAAGGCGGGCAGACGUAUGUUUCCUUCUGUUCGGAUCAAGGUGAAAGGGAUGGACCCUGUGAAGCAGUACUAUGUGAUUUUGGACGUGGUACCGGUGGAUUCCAAACGUUAUAGGUAUGUGUAUCACAGUUCACAGUGGAUGGUAGCUGGAAAUACUGACCAUUCAUGCAUCACUCCCAGAUUCUAUGUCCACCCGGACUCCCCUUGCUCAGGAGAAAAUUGGAUGCGUCAAAUCAUCUCUUUUGAUCGAGUGAAACUUACCAACAACGAGAUGGAUGACAAGGGCCAUAUCAUUCUUCAGUCCAUGCAUAAGUACAAGCCUCGUGUGCAUGUGGUGGAGCAGGACAGCAGGAUUGAUCUGUCUCUGAUUCAGUCAUUUCCUACUGAAGGAGUUAAAACAUUCUCCUUUAAAGAAACUGAAUUCACUACUGUGACAGCUUACCAAAACCAACAGAUUACCAAACUGAAAAUAGACAGGAAUCCUUUUGCCAAAGGAUUUAGAGAUCCUGGAAGAAACAGGGGUGUAUUGGAUGGAUUUUUAGAGACCUACCCAUGGAGACCUUCUUUCACUAUGGAUCUCAAAACUUUUGUCACAGACACACAAAGUGGAAGCAGUGGCUCAUCUCCAGUGACCUCUAGUGGAGGAGCCCCCUCUCCUUUGAACUCCUUACUUUCUCCAUCUUGUUCUCCACCUACGGUUUACAUACCUCCAAGCUCCUUUGCAAUGACCUAUCCAGAUACAUACCUGCACAGUGUCAACGUACCCUUCUACUAUAGAAUUUGUCCGACUAAUUAUUGGCGACCACAACCUUUUGUCUUAUCUACUCCUGAAAGGCUACCAAUCUUCAGCAGUUCUCAGACCUUACCCCAACUCAUGAUGGAAGUCCCCGUGGUGUCCUCCAGGAGCAUCAUUAAUCCAAAUAGUGGCUUACAUGAAGACUGCAAUGGGCAGUGUCUACAAGCAUCUCAUUCUGCCAAUCAAAUGUUAUAUGGAAUACAGAAUCCUGGAAACAUUUUCCAUCCAAAUCCCAUUGCCCAAGAAGCAAUCAGUUGUCCUUUUCAUCCUCCCAAUGGCUAUUACAGGUAUAACAUCUCCAUGCCACCUCGACUGGAAAAUGUUGUCAGUCACUUCAGUGAAAAUGGUACCAGUCAGAUUUCUUUUACUGAAGGUAGCUGUGGUCAUUCUCAUUGGUAUCCAGCCAUCAACCAUUACCUUUAAUGGGACAACAUCCACGUUUUAAGACAUUUACAU